AAUUUUUCGUUAUUCCCUCUUUUUUUUUUUUUUAAUUUUUUUUGUUUUAUUAUUAUUAUUAUCAUUAUUUUUUCCUGCCUUUCUGAGCCGCCGCCGUGUGCCGGCGCGGGGGCUGACUUCUCGUUUGCGCGUCUCCAUCCCCCGGCGGAGGUUAUGAUGGUGCAUUGUGCGGGCUGCGAGAGGCCGAUUUUGGACCGGUUCCUACUGAACGUCUUGGACAGGGCAUGGCACAUCAAAUGCGUCCAGUGCUGCGAGUGCAAGUGCAACCUGACCGAGAAAUGUUUCUCCAGGGAAGGCAAACUCUACUGCAAAAAUGACUUUUUCAGGAGGUUUGGUACCAAAUGCGCCGGCUGCUCCCAAGGCAUCUCCCCCAGCGACCUCGUCCGGAAAGCCCGGAAUAAAGUCUUUCACCUGAACUGUUUCACCUGCAUGGUCUGCAACAAGCAGCUCUCCACGGGCGAGGAACUCUAUAUCAUAGACGAAAACAAAUUUGUUUGCAAAGAGGAUUAUUUGAACUCUCCCAGUUUGAAGGAAGGCAGCCUCAACUCAGUGUCCUCAUGUACAGACAGGAGUUUGUCCCCGGAUCUCCAGGACCCCAUGCAGGACGACACCAAGGAGACGGACAACUCGACCUCCUCGGACAAGGAGACCACCAACAACGAGAACGAGGAGCAGAAUUCGGGUACCAAGCGGAGGGGGCCCCGCACCACCAUUAAAGCCAAGCAGCUGGAGACCAAAGCUGCCUUCGCCGCCACCACCCCCAAACCCACUCGCCACAUCCGAGAGCAGCUGGCCCAGGAGACCGGGCUCAACAUGAGAGUCAUCCAGGUCUGGUUCCAGAACCGCCGGUCCAAGGAGCGUCGGAUGAAGCAGCUGAGCGCGCUGGGUGCCCGCCGGCACGCCUUCUUCCGCAGCCCACGCAGGAUGCGGCCCCUCGGCGGCCGCCUCGACGAGUCCGAGAUGCUCGGCUCGACGCCCUACACGUACUACGGAGAUUACCAAGGUGGCAAUUAUGACUUUUUCCCCCACGGGCCGCCCUCCCAAGCCCAGUCCCCGGCCGACUCCAGCUACCUUCAGAACUCAGGACCCGGCUCCACACCCCUGGGACCCUUGGAGCCCCCAAUAAGCGGACACCACUCCUCAGAAAACCAAAGGUACACGGAUAUGAUCUCGCAUCCCGACACCCCCAGCCCCGAGCCGGGGAUGACCGGUUCGCUGCACCCCAUUCCGGGGGAGGUCUUCAGCGGGGGGCCCAGCCCACCCUUCUCCAUGUCCAGCAAUAGCGGCUAUAGCGGGGCUCUCUCGCACCCCAACCCGGAGCUCAGCGAGGCGGCGGUGUGGUAG